CAGGUAGAGGUAGUGAGAGUCUCAAGCUUCACUCUCACAUCUCUCACUGUCUACCACAGUCCCAUGUACCCCCCACAACAGAAAAAAACAAGGCCUUUUUAAAAGAGGCAAACAGAAAAUGGAGCACUUUGUGGUCCUCACUUCCUCAUUCCCCUUCUCCUCUGCAUCUUUCUGUCUUCUUCUUUUUUCUCCUCAUAUAAUUCCACUCUCAAACCAGUUGCAACCAACCAUUGAUACCUCUCUUUUGCCUCUGCACAUGGACGGGUCGGAAGCAAAGGCUAUGAGGAGCGACAAGGUGCAGCAGGUGACGAUGAACGACCAGAACGGGUACCAGGAGGUAGAUAAGAAGAAGAAAGGGAAAGGCUCUGGUAGUAGUGGUGGUGGUGGUAGUAUCACACGGUGUUGUCAAGCGGAGAAGUGCAACGCGGAUCUUCACGACGCGAAGCAGUAUCACAGGAGGCACAAGGUGUGUGAGUAUCAUGCUAAGGCUCAGGUGGUGCUUGUGGGCGGCACACGACAACGGUUCUGUCAGCAAUGUAGCAGGUUUGGGGAGGUUCGACUUUUGUGUUUUCUGUUCCAUGAGUUAGGUGAAUUUGAUGACACAAAAAGAAGUUGCCGCAGGCGUUUGGCAGGACACAAUGAACGGCGAAGAAAGAACUCUGAGUCUCAGGCUGCUGCAGAAGGAUCAAGCCGCAAAGGGAUGAAGGACAAUCCAAUCCAAGAAAAUGCAGCAGCUUACAAACAUUUCCAGAUAAACAUGAGUUCUGCUUAAUUUGAUCUCUGAUGGUUGCUCUCUCUCUUCUGUCAUCCAGGAAAGUAUUAUCAAAAUAGGAUCUCACGAAUAAAUUUCUUUAGCUUAUGAAUAAACAUUAUGCAAUAAGCGCUCAUCGCUAAAAGUGCUUAAAGUUGUUCACCUAAAGACACCCUAUUUCUAUGUCACAUUUAUGCACUUCUUCUGUCCAUUAUGUCAAUUAUUACUUAUUUGUCUUUGCCA